AUGGGGGACACACAAGGAGUAUACACGGUGAAGAAUGCCUAUAGGCGAAUUAUGGGAGAUUAUUCUGACAACCCAGGGACUUAUAAAUGGGUUACAUUGUGGAAAUUACGAGUACCACCCAAAUGGAAAAUCUUUCUAUGGAGGGUUGUGUCUGGCAUACUACCCACCACUGAUAAUUUAAUUAUUAAACGAGUGGAGGUGGAUCCUAUAUGCCUCAUGUGUGGCACUACACAUGAGAAUAUUAUGCAUGCACUGAUUUUAUGUGAUUACUCUAAAAUGGUUUGGAAUAUUUCGGGAUUACCUGUCACAAAUAUUCUGACUAAUCAUUUCCAAUCAUGGUUCAUAGGCGUGCUGGACUCGUUGACGGAAGGGCAGGUACGGCUGGCUGUUGGGAUUCUAUAUUAUUUGUGGCUAGCAAGGAACUCGGCAUUAUGGGAAAGAAGCUUGCCACGGCCCACAUCCACGGUGAGGAGGGCGGUGAUGGCCGAGGAAGCCUUCACCAGGCUGGGACGUGCGAGUUACCAGCCUCAUGCCACCGUGUUGCCGGAGAGCGACCCACACGACCGGCCCAGGUGUUACUUCGACGCGGGCUACAGACAACACACGGGAGAAGCGACAUACGGAGUUGUGCUACUCAAUCACGAAGGAGUCUUUAUGGCGGCCACGGCAGGAACGUUACCGGGUGCUUUUUCACCUAUUAUGGCAGAAGCUCUAGCCUGCAAGGAAGCUCUAUCAUGGCUUAAGGGGUGCGAUACACAGAUGGUUGAUCUACUCACAGAUUGUAUGGAGUUGCGAAACAUGGUAACAUCAAGAGGUACCGGAACUCGAUCUUAUGUUGGGGUCAUUGUGGACCAGUGCAGGACAACUAUGUCAUUAUUUACUUCUUGUUCUUUACAUUAUAUUUCCAGAGCUGUUAAUAUGCAUGCUCAUACACUAGCUCGUUAG